AUGUCAGCAGAGUACAAGUACAAGACAAGAGAUGUAGGUCAGGGUAGAUGUAGACAUUUUUUACCUAGAUAAAAUAGCUGAUAUACUCACUGUAUAUGUAUGUGUGCUUGUGAUGGUUAUGUAGUAAGCAGGGGUAUAAUUUGGCAAACCUCUUAGGUGGGUCUUACACUAACAUUCACCUUUCUUGCUUCAGCUUAAAAUGACACUGUAGGCACCCAGACCACUUCAGCUAAUUGAAGUAGUCUGGGUGCUGCAAUGUUUACAUUGCAGCUCUACGUCUGCCUGCAGUGGUGGUCUGUUAUCUGCAUGAGGACCUCCAGUCAUAUUUUCUCCAUAGGAAAGCACUGAUCAAUGCUUUCGUAUGGGGAAAUCCUAAUGCACAGCCAUUGCCGCGCAUGCUUAUUAGGUCUCCCCGUCGGCUGAAAAUGGCGGGGGAGGAGCGUGGCGGAGCCUGACCCAGUGGCAAGGAACAUUGACGCUGGAUUCAGGUAAGUGACCUUUAUUUUUGAAUUUUGAAUUAUUAUUCAAUGCUUUCCUAUGGGGAUUCCGGCGAUGCUGGAAAUCCUCAUGCAUUGCGUAAGGACACUACGCAUGCAUUGCGCAAGGACGUCCAGCGUCGUUUAGACAACAAAGUCGUCUAUUCACCCGGAAGUCCCUCUAGUGGCUGUCUGGUAGAGGAGGAGUUCACCUUAGCAGAUAAUUAUUACAGUUUAUAAAGCUGCAAUAAUUACAUGUUUAGGGUUAAGGGUGAUGGGAGUUUCCACCCAGACCACUUCAAUGAGCUGAAGUGGUGUGGGUGCCUACAUUGUCCCUUUAAUAGUGAACACAUGGGGUGGGUGGCAGCAUUGGAACAUAGCUGUGUGAUACAAAAGUGAAUACAAAUACAAAAAACAAGUACUUAGAGCCAAUGGACAUUUUAGUUACUAAAUAACCUUCAUUUAUUUAAAUAUACUCAGGGAUUUGAGAUAGAGCACAGGCAACUUUUUCUUCUUUGGUUUUUAUUGUAAGUAUUGUGGAUGAUGUGUACUAUAGUCAUUGCUGCCCAGGAGUAGUGGGAGUCUAAGUGCAGGACUUAUUUCUGUGUAUUUGUGUUUACCUUUUGUAUCACACAGCCUUGUUACAAUGCUACUGCCCAUCCCAUGUGUUCCCUAUUAAGGGUUAAUAAGUAUAUAGGGGUGUAUAUAGAAAAUACCCCUCUCUGUCUCAUUAGAGAUAUCUUUGCCAGAAGCUCAAGGAAGCACAGUGAAUGUCGUCUACGGGGUUUGCCGUGACGCGACAGGUGAGUUUACACCUAAUGGCCAUUGGAGUAACUAAAAACCUCCAGUUAUUAAAAAAAUGCUCAGGGAUUUGGGGUAGUGUGCAGGCAACUCUUUUUUUUUUCUUUGGUUAAUUCUCAAAAUUUGGGAAUCUUGUGUCUAAGCCAAAAACAAGAGUUUAUGAGAUCACUGAGAGAGGUCAUCGUCUUGAACAGCCUUCAGUGGCCCAAAGAGGCCAACACCAAUCUCUCAUGCAGAGAAAACCUGCUGGCAUUUCAGAUCUGAACUUACCUGGAGAUGGCCAUGUGAGCUCAAACCUGUUUGAGACCUGAGUGGGCAGAAGGACAAGCUAUUUCAGCUGUUGUCCGUUCUCAGUAUAUUCUCGUAAACUCUUGGUUUUGGCUAAUUUUAGGCAAAACGCAGUAAAAAUGGAAAUCGUCACUAAACAGUGAGUUCUGCUGCAUUGACAGAAGACUGGCACGUUUUAGGGUUUUAGUGCAGCUUUGAAUAAAAUAUUAAAAUAAGACUUCCACUUUUAUUUGUGUGAGUGUUUCCAAUCCUGAGAUUUCUAAUGUUGCUUGCUAGGUUUUUACAUGUAUCUCAGAUCACUGCUUAGUGAAUACAACCUCCCAUACUGUUCUAUACCUCAUACUCCUCCCAUCAUUGACACAGAGUGAAAGUGAAAGUAACUUGUACGAGAAACGAGGGAAAGAAAGAGCGCGAAGACCUGAAUUUAAGCAAUCAAAUCACCGUUCAAAAUGUAGUGAAUUCUACGAUGGCUCCAUUAAAGGUAAAUCCCCGACUGGGUUUAAUCUGCUCUUAGCAGUGCUAGCAGAGACAAGCUUAAAGGGACACUAUAGUCACCAGAACAACUACAGCUUAACUCCUGUUAGUGGAUAGCUCUUCCACAAAUCGUCUGAGGGGAACUUCUUUCUAUUGUUAAUACAAUCAGUGAUGUCUGAGAACGAACUGAGAACUUCAAGGGAAACCCAGAUUUCCAAAAUGUGCGCUGCCGUUCAUUGGGAAACAGGGGAGACUGUGAAAAUUUUGAGGAAUAUGUUGAGGUUUCUAAAAUUUUGAAUAACGAUCUCUGUCCUACUGUCUCUCUAUGUCUUUAGCUGUAUCUCUCCCCAUCCUCCAUUUCUUCCUGUCUCUUUCUAUAUCUCUUCCCCUCUCUCUCCAUCUGCCCGUCUCUAUUACCUCUUCUUUCACACACUCCCCCUGUUUCUCUGUCUCUCUCCCUGCCCCCCUCCCUAUCUCUUACUAUCUCUUCUACAUGUCUUUCUCCUCCUCCUCUCUCUCUCUCUCUCUCUCUCUCAGGCUGGCAGAGGGGUACAGAGAAAAAUAUCCUAUCACACUUCUGGCUAAGUUCUUGACCCCUAGAUCAGCACCAAAAUGUUUCCUUGCCCAUAGUUUUAGUGGAUUCCAAAUCGUGGUAAAAGACACAUUAUAUCCAGAAGGCACGGGGAGAUUGCAAACAAUAAAUGUCUACUGUAGCAGCAGAUCUUAACACUCACAGCAGAGACUGCUGUCAAAAAACGGAACGGAGUCUAAUGAAUGUGUUUUGUAAAUCUAAUUUUGUUGCAUAUUAUCCCGCAUUGGCAGAACGUGUCACCAUGUAUAUGUGUCAUUUGGGUCCCUGUCAAACAACCUCUGAUUUACUUUGUGAUUGUGUGUUUUGUUUUUUUUAUAAUGAGAGGAAUUUGUUGGUUUUCUGAUGUGAUGCAUGCAGUGUGUUAUAUGAUUUUAUUAUUAUUAUUGUUAUAAUUAUUAUUUAUAUAGCGCCAUCAGAUUCCAUAGCGCUGUAUAAUGAGAUGUACAUCUCAAGCAGUGUGGAGUAGGGUUCCAUAAACACCAAUAUUACACAUUGAAACCCCUCUGCCGACCACCUCUCCCCCCCCUCAGUUAGAACUCCAAGCCAGCUGAUAUAAUCCAGGGAUGUGGACCUCCCUCUACCUGUCCUGUACAUAUUUUGAAUAAACUUUUACAAUUAUUUUUUCAAAAUGUUAAAAUAUGAAAAAAAACUAUUAAAAAAAUAUGAAAACAAAAUACUGCAAUAUCCUUCUAAAUUGUUUAAAAAGUGUAUCCAAAACUAUGAAAUCAUUUGAAAAGCAUAUAUAGGAAUAUUAAAUUGUGCCUUAGGUAGAAUAACCCAUGUGAAUAUUAGAAGAUUAGAAUAUGGCUUCAUAUUUUUAUGAAAGAAACUAUGCAGAACCAGGUUUAACUCAGAAAUAAUCAAAAAUUAUAAGAGAUCUGUAACUAUCCAAAAAUCCACCAAAUGUAUUUUAUAUUGUAUUAAAAUAUCAGGAUAUGGGACGGGGCCUGACUGCCAAGUGAGCUCCUUAGCUUGUGAGAAAUCUGCUUAUAAAUCCACAUAACUUGUAAUUGAGUGGCUGAAUUUGACUCUCAAUCUGUGUAGACAGUUUUGGCAACUUCUGAACAGUUUUACCAGCAUUACUGGGAGGUUUGUGGGACUCGAUGCUUACUGCCAUUUGUUCUGGGGCGGGAAACGCGGCUCAUCUCCCACCCGCCUGUGCUUCGACUGCAGUCUGAGUAACGCUUUCUCCCUUUGCACCAGUAGGGGCUAUUUCAGUAAUCCUUAAUCCUACAAGCUUUGUUCUGCCCCUAAUCCGAGUUUAAGUGGCAUAAGAUGGCCGACGCUCGUGUUCUAACAACACCUGGGCCUGGUGCCGCACCAGCUAAACCCGACUGGUUUACCCCAUCGCUAGGCUGGAUGCUACCUUUGGGCUCUUCUGGGCAAAACUGAAAGAACGCUUGUAGAUGGCGGCACCGAAUUAUUUGCCCCUUGCAGACAAAGUGGUUUUUGAGGCUGCAACUACUGUUCACAUUUUCCGUCCUGGGCCGAGAGCUACUCUGGGUAUGACACCUGCACACCACCCAUGCAGGAGGAAGGCCGUUAGACAUCAUCCCCAACGAUUGCACUGAUUCUGCAUAUGGGGCUUGCACAGGUCCCCUACAGGGAAAACCAGGUCUCUGUGAGUUACCAAAUUAGUGGUCAUAAUGUGUCAGCUCUUUUUGACAGGCAUGCUGCUGACAGGGUAUUCCACACUCACUCCGCUUCUCGGAUCUCUCAAGUGGACUUCACAAGUAGCCCUACAAAAUACCCAGUCAGGGAGUUGGUUGACUGACCUUAUUACCUACAUCUUAAUUACACAGGAAUAUUGUAUGGGGCUUACAGCAAAUAGACCUGUAGUCUUAGCACUGAAUAUGGCACUUAUAUCGCCUUCCUUAAACACCUAGUGAAAUCUUAUUAUGCUGCUACUAUCAUUAAUACUUGUAUUUUUGCUUUCCUCAGAGGGGGCUUGAGUCAAUAUUUCUGUAUAGGGUGCCCUUUAGUCAGACCUCAUGGUCAUGUUUCUUUUAAGCCUCUUAGCUCCAUUGUGCUAUCCUGCUGAGCGUCAGCCUCCAUGUGGCUUAUACAGUCACACAUUCACCAUAUCUAUUCAUAAAGCAUGUAUGUACGUAGUGGGCAUUGGAUAGCAUUCCCUUCAUCCCCCAUAAAACCAUAACUUACCCCUUCAAAUAACGACAGACAACAAUUUGCAUAUAGUCAUACAGUAACCAAAGAAACCGUCCUUGCCAAUCUAACUUCCCCAAGGCUCUCACCUCCCCCCUCGGCAUAAUAAAAACAUCUUCCUUUUCAGGGCUCCCCACCAACUCGGUGGGGCCAAACCAUAAUGCUCCCCACUGGUCGACUUACAACCCAGUGGGGACACGUCCAACCUGGUACCCCCUCCAGGUUCACCAUAAGAGACAGAGGGAGGAUGAGACCUGGCCAUUAUCCCCCUUUUUCAUCUAA